UCAGCUGAAAUAUUUCAACCAUGGCUCGUAUGGAGAUGAUCGUCAGUUUCGCCAUUUUGGCCAUUGCCUCUGCUAGCUACAGUGGUUCUAACUACGGUAGCCAGGGCAACUACGGUAGCUCAGGAAAAGCCUAUGGUGGUCAGAGCAACUAUGGUAGCUCAGGAAACGCCUAUGAUGGUCAGAGCAACUAUGGCAGCAACUAUGGAAAUAACCAGUACAAGAAUGUAGGCAACAACGACCAAUACAGAGAUGGUCUUUACUACGAUCCAGGCACCAGCUACGUCCAGGCUUAUGGCGGAUCAAAUAGCUACCAAGCUGGAAAUGACUACAACAACAACAACAACAACUACGACAACAACAACUACAAAUCACCAAGCUACAAUGUCCCAAGCUACCCCAAACCAUCCACCUACAGCUCAAAUUAUGCCACCUACAAAAAACCAUCCUACACUGCCCCAGCCUCAACCAGCUACGGAAGUGGAUCAUCCUACACUGCCCCAGCUUCAACCGGCUAUGGAAGUGGAUCAUCCUACACUGCCCCAGCCUCAACCAGCUAUGGAAGUGGAUCAUCCUACACUGCCCCAGCUUCAACGAGAUACGGAAGUGGAUCAUCCUACACUGCCCCAGCCUCAACCAGCUACGAAAGUGGAGCCUCCUACACUGCCCCAGCCUCAACCAGCUAUGGAAGUGGAUCAUCAUACUCUGGCUCUGGCUCUAACUACGGAAGUGGAAGCUCUUACUCCAACAGCGACGACUCCAGUGUUGGAACAUGUAAGUUAAUUUAUAAACUGAUUCUAAUUUCCGAUAAAAACUAUAUUUUAAAUUAGUAGACUAAUGACAAUGUCAUUUUUUAAAACUUUAAUUACCGACGUAAUCAAUUCUACUUCAUUACAAUAAUAAUCACAUUUGGAAAGGGGAAACAAAUGUAAUCAAUAAAACUAUAUCCAAUGUUAACAUUAUUACUUUGGCUUCCCUAUUCCCCAGACCCAUGUGGACCUAAAGACGAAGGCAAGACCUACGCCAUUGU